GUGACACACAGCGCCACCUGUCGUCAAUCAGCAAAAAGUCAUCCGUUGCCUGGAUACAGCGCAACACACGCGGACAGACAGAGCUGUGUGUAUAUAACGUUAGCUACAGUAAACAUUUCCUUAUCGGCUGCUCUAUUUCGCUUUCGCUAUUUCACUGUAAUUAGAUAUACUUAGAUAUAUCAAACACAAAUGACAUCGGUGGUUCAGCACGGCCGACGGAGAGGGUCCAGUAAAAGUGCGUCUUCAGCAGAAGAAGCCAGCAGGAUGAUCCAGCCACCUGAUCUCCGAAAAGUCACGGUCUUAACCAAGGCCGAAUGGCUGAGGAUUCAAGAUGAACUGAACCGGGUUAAUAAAGACAAGGAGAGAAUGACAGAGGCAGCGAACCAGAGAGAAGCCCUGCACCUCCAAUCAAAAGAGGCAGUGAAGCUGUGGUCCAAUACCAUCGCUGGUCAAAGGCAAAAGAAGCUGGAGGCAAAGAAGAUUCGAGAGCAGAUUGAAGAGGAGAAAAGGAAAAUGACUGACAUAGAAGAGGCUAAAUACCAGGAACAGAAGCGUAAAGACGCCAUUGAAAAAGCCAAUACUCAGCUGUAUUAUCAAACUGACCGAGUCAAAGGAUUACAUCGUGCACUCUUGCUGACAGAAGUGCUGAAGGAGAGGGAGGCCCAGAUUGAAGUGAAGCAAAGAAUACAGAGUGCCUCUAAAGAUGUGGAUAAAGAAUUCACAGAUAUGGUAAAGACCAGAGAGGAUGAAGCUCUGAGACAGGAGCAGGAGAAAGCACUUCAGAAGAAGCUUGAGAGACAGGCUGUUGCAGAGGACCUGAAAAACCAGAUCAAGGUAAACGAGGUUGCAAGAGAGCGACAAAAGACAGAGAACAAGAAGGACGGAGAGGAAAUCCAACGCCUUCAAGAACUCUAUCAAUGGGAGCAGAGAAUGGAGGACGAAAGACGAACAGAGCAGAAGAGAAACCUUAUGCAAGCUCACCUGGAACAUCUCACCAAUAGAGACCUCAUAAGAGCAGCAGAUGCACAAAAACAGGAGGCUGAAGAGAAGCAAAGGAAACUUUUCCUCACUGCCAAGCAAAAGAUGAUGAAGUUAAGGAGAGACAAAGAAACUGAGUUGUUUAGAGAGGCCCAGAUGCAGAGAGAGAAGAUCAUGAACAAACUGACAGUGGCACAGCAGGACCAAAGUGUCAGCGAGGAGCAGAGGAUUGCUAAGGCUGUAGCUGAGCGGGAUGCCAAACAGGCACAACGGCACAGGGAGGAGGAGGAGAAGAGGACUGCAAUGUUGAAGUCGAUCACUGCACACAGAGAAUUCAUGAGACGAGAAAAGGAGCAGAGGGACAAAGUAGCACAACAAACCACCCGAGACAUGCUUCAAGCCAAGAAAGAGGCUGACAGAAUAUUUUCUGAGAAACAACAACUGAAGGCUCAGAGGAUCCGAGAGGAUGAAAGAAAAUUACAAGACUUCAAUGCCACACAAAUGGCUGCAAAAAUGGCCAGACAUCAGAACCUGAGAAGAGAUGAACAUGAGUUCCAGGCAAAGAACGCAUACCUUGUUGCUGAGGAGGAAAACCAGUUUCAACAGUAUUCACAGCACGUCAUCAGCGCAGCGGCAGAGGCUCAGCGAAACGUGUUUCCACUUUGCAAAGUUGCGAGGGAAGGGAUAGGAGGAGGGCUUGGCCCUGUUUUAGGUGGAGUCCGGCCUGGCUACCUCGUUCAGGACUGUAGUGGUGCUCAGAUGCCCCAAUAUGUCUCUGGUGUCACCCAGAACAUUAAAAAGCUUAAUGAAGUUGUAGACAUUCAAGAAGCAAAGAGGAGACUUGGGUUUACAUGGUGAUUGUUCUCUCCCAGCUGGCAAUUUUAGUUCCAAUGUUUCCCUGAAUUUACCAUCUCUGAAGAUACUGAAUGUUUUAAUAACAUUCUUAAAAUACUUUGACAAAGGCUUUGUCUGAAACCACUCACUUACUCACUACCAACAAACACUCAAUAGUUUGCUCUAUAGUGAAUAGUACAUAGGGAUUUUUGACACUUGAAUUGUCAUCAUUCCAUCAUCACAGACAAGUGGAGUCUCACAUGACUUCCACCUGGUGGCCUAGGUGUCAACGGCACCAACCAUGAAUCAGAACGUCUCCUGUCAUCUCAUUACUGCAGGCAUAAAAAUGUCCAAAUACAUAAAGACAACAAAAAAGCUGUGUCCAUGCCAUGGAGACUAACGGUGUGUCCCUAAUCUAUACUACACGCUAAAUCUAAGCAGGUCUCAGUACGUGGCGUCUUCACAUUGGAAAAGUGACAGUCAACUCAAACCAGACAGAAUGCAUAUUAAAUACAGCUGAUUUUUGAGUGUGCUGUUGAAGGAUACUAUUCUCCCACAAUGCAUUGCACAAAGGACGUGGAAGAUCUUGGAAAACAAAAAUAAGUUACAGAGAAAGACAUUUUGCUUUCUAUUUCUGAAGGUUAACUUACAGUGAGUCUACAGUCACUGUGUGAUGGACAUCUGACAGCGUGUUGUAUCAUUUCCUGUUAGUGCGAAGCAGCUAAAUAUUGUUUCUCAUAUAUACUUAUAUAGAACACUAUACACGUUAAACUAUGCAGUGUAGUCAGUACUGAGUGAUUUCAGACAACUUUUAGAGAUGUUCUUCAAAAUGAUCAUUAGGUACACAAUAUAUGUGCUCUGGAAAAUGUUCGCUGAAGGUUGCAGUCAAAAUGCUCAACUUAUUAAUAACACUGCAACAAAGAAAAACCUCACUGGGGUCGACAUUCACAAAACAUUGAGAAUGUUGUGAGAAUUGUUUGAUAUUAAUCACACAACAAAGUGUUAUGCUAACGUUUCACAUCAGCUGCCCCAACCACAGAACAGAUUUGUCUGGGCUAAAACAGUACAGUGUAAAGUUCUUAUAAUAAUGCAAUCACUGUAAUUUUGGAUGCUAAUAAUGUUAAGGUCUGCAAAAGAUAUAACUAUUGUUUUGUUUGUGUUUUGAUUGUAACAGCAUUUACAGAAUAUUAAAACAAUUGAUUAAAAUCCAAAUUGAGCAUUUUAAUUCAUUCUACACUGUAGUUGAGUUCUUUUCAAAACCAACUUCCACAAAACACAAUUUAUACAAAUUGAUUUUAUGUUGUACUUACAGUGUGACAGUGACAUUAAUUCUUUCAAAAAAAACAACAAAAAAAAACAAACACAAAAACAAUCCAGAGGUAUCGCAAAACACAGGAUUACAGUAAGGUUGUGGAUGUACAAAAAAAGUCACAAUGUACAUGUUUCAUCUAACAAUGCCAGGGAUGAGCAUGCAUGCAAGAAAUUCUUUUCUUUUCUCAAGUUCUCUCUUACAGACUGAUUGUUGUUGUAAAAAUAAUUGAGUCAACAUCAGACUUUGCCAAAGUUAUAAGCAGUCCUUAUCCCCAAAAACCAACUGUGUUAAAUAAUAUUAAAACAAAUUUCGGUAGAAAACCUCCUCAGGGGAAAAGACUUUUAAGAAGAGAGAAUCUGUUGCUGUAAAAUCUUACUUUUUUUUCUUUUUCUUCAUUUUUUAAACAAACAAUCUGAAAUUGGAGCUAUUAAGCCAAAAUAUAAUUUACCAAACAAUCCAAAAAAAAAAAAACUGCCUUCAAACUGACUUCAGCUGGUCAUGUACAAUUAAAAGAAAACCUGGUACUUUUAUACUUACUGCUAAUGCAGUAUACAACGUCAGUGAAUUUUUUUUCAGUUACAAAUCCUUUUCUCUAAUCUGACUAUGCAGCUUCAGCUACCCAUCAACAAUGCAACACAGUUAAUGGGGAACAAAUCCACAAUCCCCAUUCAGAGCCCAAAUGCAGUCCACAGUUUGGCCAAAGCUCACGUGAUGCUACAGAGUUUGUAAUUGCAGAUUUAAGUUAAAUGUUAACAGUGGUUUUUGUUUACUGCUCUGCUCUACGCCACUGUCUCUCCCUCGUUUACUGCUUUACAGCUUUGUCUCCGUUCAAUCAUGACUUCAAACAUCUGUUGUAAUUUCUUAUCUGUGUUAUCGGUGUGAAUUGUUUCAGAAAUGACCUUUGACAGACUUUGGUACAUUCACGUUAGCUUUGGCUGAACUGUGAUGUGGGUUUUUUUUUUUUUUGCACUGAAUGAGGAAUGUUAAUAUGUCCAAC